AUGCCGCAGCUGGUCUUCGCCAAUGCGCAUCUCCCCGGAGUUUACUCGUUCGUUGCGCCCAGCGGAUAUCCAACCUCGGUGUUCUCAUCCUACUACCCAGUCCCAACGGGCCAAGAACCACAGCCAAAGAUUCGCGAUGUAGUCACCAAUCAUACAUGGCCCCUCAACCUCACAAAUCCAGACUCGAUCCCUGAUCACAGCAAUGACCCGCUCUAUCUUCCUCGUCCAAGUGUGAACUUGACUCAGAGCGCCCAGGAAGCAGUCGUCAGCAAUGUCAUUCAACAAGUGCAGGAUAUCAUCGACAGCCCUUAUUUCGCCAAUAAUUGCUCCAAAUGCAUCGCGGCCUUAGCAGUUGGCAAGACUGCUGCGCAGCUGGCGCCUAGCCUGGUUCCUGAUGCGAUGGUCAGCCUGUGCAAGAAGAUGAAAUUCCAUUCGGACGCUACCUGUGAAGAGGACUUCAAUGCUUCAACUUUCGGCGCCAUCUGGACACAGAUCCUUGCUUUUGCAAGUGUGAGCGGGCUCGAUGGCCAGUAUAUCUGCAGCUCCCUUUCUACUUCCUUUUGCGGAGCACCUUCCACGGCGCCACUCAAUACGACUAACCUGUUCCCAAAACCGAAGCCAGCCAAUGCUACCGCUCGUAUUCCCAAAGCGAGCGGCAAGCGGGUGAAAGUCUUGCACAUGAGUGAUUUACAUCUGGACCCGCGCUUCAAAGUCGGAUCCGAAGGCAAUUGCACUUCCGGCCUAUGUUGUCGAUCCAACAAUCCCAACUCCAACUUGCCAAUCGGACAGAUCAGCUUCGGUGCUCCGCCAUAUGGGUACUUCAAAUGCGAUUCCCCCUAUGAUCUUGCCCUCGCGGCAUUGCAGGCGGUCGGUCCUUUGACAGGCACAUCUCCCGAGGACCCUUUGGCGUGGACCAUCUACACAGGCGACUUGGUUAGUCAUGAUCCUCAGAGCCAGCUGAGUCGUGCAUACGUCGAGUAUGCGGAAGAUUCCAUCUUCUACAUGUUCAAAAAGUAUCUGACUGGCCCUGUGUUCCCCGUGCUCGGCAACCAUGAUACUAAUCCCGAAGCGAUUAAUGCGCCGCACUCUCUCCCUGGCCCUUUGGGUGAGCAGAUGAGCUGGAAUUAUGAACACGUCACAGCUCUAUGGAAGCACGAAGGCUGGAUCGACGACGAUACUGCCAAGCAGGCGAGACUCCACUAUGGCGCCUACAGUAUCAAAAAUCAGUACGGUCUGCGUAUGAUCACCUUCAACAGCGAUUUCUGGUAUCGGUCCAACUUCCUCAACUUCAUCAAUACGAGCAACCCAGACGUUAGUGGGUCGUUCGAGUUUGUGAUUGAUGAAUUGCAGGCUGCCGAGGACAAUGGCGAGCGCGUAUGGCUAUUUGCACAUGUUCUCUCGGGAUGGGAUGGGUCUAAUCCUCUACCCAACCCGACCAAUUUGUUCUACCAGAUUGUUGAGCGGUACUCGCCGCACGUGAUUGCCAACAUCUUCUUCGGUCACACUCACGAGGAUCAAUUCAUGCUGUACUACGCAAACAACGGCACCAAACAGACCCGGGACACUGCGCUCAAUGUGGGCUAUAUUGGCCCUUCGAUCACACCGCUGAAUAAUUUGAACAGCGGCUUCCGUAUGUACGAAGUCGACACCGGAUCUUUCGAUAUCUACGACUCGCACACCUUCUACUCCGAUGUCAACGCAUUCCGCAAUCUAAGCACCGAAGGCCCGACGUUCAAGUAUGAGUACUCAGCCAGGGAGACGUAUGGAUAUGCUGCUGGGUGGCCAGCUUCAGAUCCAUUGAACGCUACUUUCUGGCAUGCCGUUACAGAAGCAAUGGAGAAGGAUCAUUCCUUGGUCUCUAGAUUCAACACUCUGCAGGGCAAGAGUAGUGUGUUAAGUCCAAAUUGUACGAAUGCGGCCUGUGCUGCGGCAAAGAUUUGCUACAUGCGCUCCGGCAGUGUGGCGUUGGGAAGACGGUGUCCGCAGGGAUACGGAAGUGUGCAGAGCGCGUUCAAGCCGAGCUCUUGGAUAGCUUCAUAG